CAUAUUGCUGAGGAUAUUCGACCACACAACUUGACAAGAUGUCGUUUAUCAAGUAUUUUUAUGCCCAGACCGCGUUGAAAAGAAAUAUGCCUUUCAAUUAUAAACAAAGGAAACAACAAGGCGUAGCAAGUCAACGAAGAUUUAGACAAGUUAAAAGUGAGGAGAAGGACCAGUGCAAAGAUAAACCAUUCAAGGGAAUAACUGAUCACAUGGAAGACUUGAAAGAACCAUUGGAGCUGAACCACUUGGAGUUGAACUUUGAAACUGAUUCAGGUGAAAUUCUUCAGUGUAAACCAGAAAUUGAUAUAGAGAGUGGAGAAGGAAAGGAGAGGCACUAUCUUCAAUUCAACGUAAAUUUCCUUUGGUCAGGGAUAACAAUCGAGAAACGAGAAUCAUACAAAGAAGAGAAACCUAUUGCCCAUCAAAAACAGGAGGAUAGAGCAGAGAUAGGCAAGUAA